AUGGCAACUUAUUAUAGGCCACUAUGGGCCUUGGCACUUUGUCUUGUGUCUGCGGCUAUGGUAGCAGCAGACAGCGACUAUUAUUCAUCUCCACCGCCCCCACCAACACCGUAUGUCUAUAAAUCUCCGCCACCGCCGCCAUACGUUUACUCAUCACCGCCUCCUCCACCAUAUGUCUACUCCUCGCCUCCACCACCGCCUUAUGUUUACAAAUCACCGCCACCUCCUCCUUAUGUUUACAAGUCUCCUCCACCGCCUCCUUACGUCUAUUCUUCACCUCCACCACCACCAUACGUCUAUAAGUCUCCACCGCCACCUCCUUAUAUUUAUUCUUCUCCACCACCCCCUCCUUACGUUUACAAAUCUCCUCCUCCACCUCCUUAUGUUUAUUCAUCACCACCACCACCUCCAUACAUUUACAAAUCUCCUCCACCACCUCCCUAUGUUUACUCUUCUCCACCACCACCUCCUUAUAUUUACAAGUCUCCACCACCACCUCCCUACGUUUACUCUUCUCCCCCACCACCUCCUUAUGUUUACAAGUCCCCACCACCACCUCCUUAUAUUUACAAAUCUCCACCACCACCUCCCUACGUUUACUCUUCUCCCCCACCACCUCCUUAUGUUUACAAGUCCCCACCACCACCUCCCUACGUUUACUCUUCUCCCCCACCACCUCCUUAUAUUUACAAGUCUCCACCACCACCUCCCUACGUUUACUCUUCUCCCCCACCACCUCCUUAUGUUUACAAGUCCCCACCACCACCUCCCUAUGUUUACUCUUCUCCUCCACCACCUCCUUAUGUUUACAAGUCUCCACCACCACCUCCAUAUGUCUACUCUUCUCCACCACCACCUCCUUACGUUUACAAGUCUCCUCCUCCACCACCAUACGUCUAUUCUUCCCCUCCACCACCUCCCUACGUUUACUCUUCUCCACCACCACCUCCUUACGUUUACAAGUCUCCACCGCCAGCUCCCUAUGUUUACAAGUCUCCACCUCCACCACCCUAUAUUUACAAGUCUCCACCACCACCUCCAUACGUUUACUCAUCUCCACCACCACCUCCCUAUAUUUACAAGUCUCCACCACCACCGCCUUACAUAUAUAAGUCUCCUCCACCACCGCCUUACAUUUACAAGUCUCCUCCACCACCACCAUACGUCUAUUAUUCUCCUCCACCACCUCCUUAUGUUUACUCAUCUCCACCGCCACCUUCUUACGUUUACAAGACGCCUCCACCUCCUAACGUCUAUUAA